ACUAGGUGCAUAUUCUACUACUACCGCUAACUGGGAUAUUGAUUCAAGAAAACGAAAACUGCAAUACCACGGCGCGUUCAUUCAACUUACAACCCGAGCGUCAAAUCGGUUUAUCUAAAAUCUAGCUACCUAUAGCUUUCUUCAUAGGCCUUCUCUAAAUUUCUUCGAAGUUGGUCAUAUUAGCCAUAUCGAGGCUUAGUGAGGAGCUUGACUUAAAACUUCGACAUUCUGAUAAGGUACUACCAAUUAGCCUCAAAAUCGUUGCCUAUGAAAUUGGCAGUCUAGGUAUAAACGAUACGAUACGCCCGGGUUCAAUUUCAUAGGUCUUCACAACGCCUCAAAUUCUCCUCCACAUAAAUUUAGGCCAGCGUACCAAUUCGGAGAUCCGUUGAUCGUCAAGAUGAGUUCUUCCAAAGAAGGAUUGUCCCAUAACGAGAUCUGGGACGAUUCUGCCCUAGUAAAUUCAUGGAACGACGCCCUAGAAGAGUACAAGAAAUAUCACAGCAUUCACAAAAAUGGAGGCAAUGUCGAAGACCUUUUAAAGUCCAAUCAGACUUCGAAUGCCAAGACCGAGACUAAGGAAGUCCGCAAGCCGUCAAGUCCACGUUCCCUCAAAACAGAUUCCGAAAUGAGAGGGGAAACUUCUAAUGGGGGACAAGAGGACGGAACUUCGACCUUCCAGCAUAGCCAUCCGCAUGGCGGGACUCCCGGCCCUCAAGGGCUGCUAGGUUCAGUGCAUGAUGAAGGGUUGAAGAGACUGUUGAUGUCCUGGUAUUACGCAGGCUAUUAUACAGGACUCUAUGAAGGCCAACGAGAUCAAUCACAGCGACGAGAGCCAGAGCAAAGCUGAAUGGAAAAUCUUAGAGAUUUGCCAUUCCAUCUCAAAGCUAAUCAGAUUCGAUGUGGGAUUCGUCAUGGGAUCUGAUCUACGUGAGAAGCAAGGAUCUGUAACGCCUUGUGUCACAAGCAGUUGUGACGGUGAUAACGUCAUGCAGCUUAGACUCUGCUAGCAUGCGACGACAUGUGCAUCAGUUUCCAGCCAUUAGGACGAGACCUGCAGAAUACUUCAAACUGCAAAAUCGUAAUUGGAGGAUCAAGGCGAGGAAACAAAACAAGGCUACCAUUGUGUUCUACGUGAAGAUCAUGAACUGAUUUCCCCACGUUUAGCUGUGAUUAUCAGCUUGGCUACUCUAGCUCGUUGAAAAGAAACAAAAUCGACGAUACUAGCAGUUCUUCAUUAUAUCAAUAAUUAUGGAAUGCUUCUGCGAGGGUAGUAAUACUCGACUGUGGAGAGCAUCCUAAGCUCGUCUCAAUGCCUACCUUAUAAUAAUCAAUGUUGAUGUAUGUAAUAUUCACGCCAAUAGCCUCAACAGCGUGUUCCAUAGGUUUAUGUAUAAGCAACUUCAUGAUAAGAUCAUAAUCCUUAACUAACCCUCAAGGAAGCCGAACGCCGAAUUAGCUGUUAUCGAGAGGCCGCCGGCAUCAACUCGCAGAAACUCUUAAAACCUAUAAAACUCAUUUAAG